AGCCGCAGCCUCCGGGCCCUAGCAGCCGCGCACCGGCCACACCUGCCUCUCUGCCCGCCGCCCCGCGCCCCGGUACCCGCGGCGCCCCGCCAGUGCCCGCCCCGCACAAGCCCGGAGCGCCAGCACCUGCGCGCAGAUGGAGCUGGACCAUAUGACCACCGGCGGCCUCCACGCCUACCCUGCUCCACGGGGCGGUCCGGCCGCCAAACCCAACGUGAUCCUGCAGAUCGGUAAGUGCCGGGCGGAGAUGCUGGAGCACGUGCGGAGGACGCACCGGCACCUGCUGACCGAGGUGUCCAAGCAGGUGGAGCGGGAACUCAAGGGGCUGCACAGGUCGGUGGGCAAACUGGAGAACAACCUGGACGGCUAUGUGCCCACCGGCGACUCGCAGCGCUGGAAGAAGUCCAUCAAGGCGUGUCUGUGCCGCUGCCAGGAGACCAUCGCCAACCUGGAGCGCUGGGUCAAGCGGGAGAUGCACGUGUGGAGGGAGGUCUUCUACCGCCUGGAGCGAUGGGCCGACCGCCUGGAGUCCAUGGGUGGCAAGUAUCCAGUGGGCAACGAGCAGGCCCGCCACACCGUGUCUGUAGGUGUGGGGGGUCCAGAGAGCUACUGCCAGGAGGCUGACGGCUAUGACUACACUGUCAGCCCCUAUGCCAUCACCCCACCACCUGCUGCGGGAGAGCUGCCAGGACAGGAGCCUGCUGAGGCCCAGCAGUACCAGCCGUGGGGGCCAGGUGAGGACGGGCAGCCAAGCCCUGGCGUGGACACACAGAUCUUUGAGGACCCCCGGGAGUUCCUGAGCCACCUGGAAGAGUACCUGAGGCAGGUGGGCGGCUCUGAAGAGUAUUGGCUGUCGCAGAUCCAGAACCACAUGAACGGGCCAGCCAAGAAGUGGUGGGAGUUCAAGCAGGGCUCAGUCAAGAACUGGGUGGAGUUCAAGAAGGAGUUUCUGCAGUACAGCGAGGGCACGCUGUCCCGAGAGGCCAUCCAGCGGGAGCUGGACCUGCCACAGAAGCAGGGUGAGCCGCUGGACCAGUUCCUGUGGCGCAAGAGGGACUUGUACCAGACCCUGUACGUGGAUGCGGAGGAGGAGGAGAUCAUCCAGUACGUGGUGGGCACCCUGCAGCCGAAGCUCAAGCGCUUUCUGCGCCACCCGCUGCCCAAGACCCUGGAACAACUCAUCCAGAGGGGCAUGGAGGUGCAGGAUGGUCUGGAGCAGGCAGGUGAGCCAACUGGCACCCCAUUGCCAGCAGACGAGGAGACCGAGGCCCUCACACCAGCCCUCACCAAUGAGUCAGUGGCCAGUGACCGGACCCAACCUGAAUAGAGGGGCAGCCCAGAACCCCAGCCUGCCUGCCACACCUAGCUUGUGGCCUUUGCCAACCAGGACUUGAGCUGGGGCUGACUCCCACAGGGGGUACCCUGUCAAGCAGGGCAACCACUCACCCCCUGGCCUGACUCGCAGGCACCUGCCACACAAAUGUGCUACAUGGUCUGAACAUCCAAGAAGCCCCUGUCACCUGCCCCUCACCUGUCCUCCCUGGCCGGGUGGCCUCACCCUCCACACUCUUAGACCAUCACAGAAUGCUCCAGCUUCCUCAUUCUGCUCCAACACCCGGGCCCUUUGGGCAAUCAGGAAACUUGUCUGGAAGGCAGAGAACAGUAGGCACCAAGCUCAAAAGGCAUCCCAGGGCAGAUGCUUAAAGCAGAACCAGUUUUCCAAGGGAACCUCAACUUUGGCAGACGCAUCCUGCUCCUGCAGACACGGCAGAGCCAGCUGGCACCCUAGCUGCCUCCCAGGGCAGGUGCCCAGCCUCAGGCAGCACAGCUCCCCUCCCAGGGGUGAGCUGAAGCCACAGCUGCAGGUGCAGCAGCAGACCUGACGUCCCAGCACCUCCUGGCCACCAGCAGUGAUUCACUCCAACCUCAGCUCCGUGACUCAGCCAUGGCAGGCGGAGGGUCCCAGAGGGGCUGAGUCCUCACACCCAGCUGAGGCAGCAGCUGGCACCUUCUGAGCCAGGAGAAUGACAUCAGGUCUCAAGGCUAUUGAGAAUUCUUUGCUGCCAUGCCUGGAACCAGAACGGCAACGUCCCCUCCUCUCUUGAACCUGCCUACACAGAAGUUCCAAGACGGCAGAGAGACAGAGAAAACAAGGCACAAAGAGGAGGAGCCUGGCAGAGGGCAGAACCCCAGUUUAGCCUAAGAACUGGAGGUGAAGACAAGCCAGCGUGACGUCAGGGUCUGCCACUGUGCCGGUCCGCUGGCCACUAGCUGCCUGCCCCAAGCCACUACAGCUUGAGCAGGGUCCACAUCCCUGGCCCUCUCAGCAGGGAACCCAGCUCGCUGCAUGGCCAUUGGCCCCUGCCAGACAUUGUAGGAUCCUUGAGGCUCAGGCCCCACGGCCCAGCCUCGGUCCAAUUCCAGGCCCAACCUCAGGCCUUUGUUCCUGGGCUGCACCAGGCACUGCCCUGCCCUGCCCUGCCAUUUACCCAGCUGGACCUCACCUCUGCCCCAGCACCAACCACCUGAUGCCGGUAGCUUCUCUUGUCUGCAGUCUGCAGGCCUUGGUAGGGGUUCCUGUCUUUCUUGUCCAUUGGGAUUCUAGGUUCUGGGCCAGUUCUGGUGAUGUAAUAGAUCCUCAACCCCGCACCACUGCCAGCCCUCCCUUCCCACCCCCAGAUUUAUUUUUUCACAUAAGCCAUAACCCAUAUCCAUUGGCUGGCACAAGCUGUAGGGAGGCCCUGCCCGGGGGGCCUGGAGAGACCCUGGGGAUCUCAAGAGGGUAUGGCCAUCUCCCAAUCCCCACCCGGCCUUGAAUAUCCAGGCCAUGCACCCAUGCCAUCUUACCUC